AUGUCACAAAAUAAUCCAUUCUGUCAAAAAUUAUUUAGUGAUUCUAAAACAAUUCCCAUAUUAAUUGAGCAUUUGAGGGAAUCUCCAGUUGUUGCGCGUAGUAGUCUACAUGCGUUAUCAUCUUUAAUAAACAAUUUUGAGCUAGGCCUUCAGGAGUUUUUGAAGGCAGAUGGAAUAAACGCUCUUUUAUGCUGUUUAUGCAAAAGUGACUCGAAACUAAUGCUAAGGGCUUGUUUUUUAAUUGGAAAAUUAGGACAACGCGAAGAUUUAAGAGAUGGUAUGGUCGAGAAAUCGGCAAUUGUACAGUUGGUGAGAUGUUUACCUAUGACUUUUGAUAAAUAUGAUAUAAAUGUGGAAACAGCUCUCUAUGCACUUUGUGAACUUUUAAAGAGUGAUAAAUGGAAAAUUGACAAUGGCCAGGCAGAAAAAUUAAAGGUUUUAACUGGUGGCAUUGUCAGGAAUAAAUUAGCUUAUCCAGAAGAUGAAGAAAUCUAUGGGUACGCGAGUGAAAUUCUUCAGAGAAUCAAUGACCAUCUGGCAAAAAUUAAGCAAUAUUAAACUAGCGUAAUAUGAAUUAUGAACAAUUGUUUUUAAUAUAAGAUGUCAUACAAAAAGUUUAUACUGAAUAAAAUAAUAUACUGUGGAUAUUA